GAUCGCGCGCGAGGAUGGAUUGAGAGGGCUUGAAGGCAUGGGUCCGAACCCUAGCCUGGAGAAGAUGGCCGGCCCCGGCGCGGGCGCGGGGUGGGCGCCGAGGGGACGCGUGGUGCGGAUCCUCGUGCACGACGACGACGCCACCGACUCCUCCUCCAGCGAGGACGAGGCGCCGCCGCGGCCGUCGCAGCCGCCGCCUGGGCGGGGCGAGGGGGAGAGGGGGCCGGGGCCGCGGAGGAAGAAGCGCCGCGUGAUGGAGGCCACCACGGGGAAGAGGGGCUCCUCGUCCUCCUCCUCCUCCUCCGCCUCCUCCUGGGCCAGGCCCAAGGUCAGGUACUGCGGCGUGCGCCAGCGCCGCUGGGGCAAGUUCGCCGCCGAGAUCCGCGACCCAUACCAGGGCCGCCGCCUCUGGCUCGGCACCUUCGACACCGCCGAGGAGGCCGCCGCCGCAUACGACGCCGCCAAGAUCCGCAUCCGCGCCGACGCCGCCAAAAACCGCGUCACCAAAAUACGCGUCCACCACAACGGCAUGCCCGCCGAUUUCAUUUCCGCCUUCCGCCCGCCGCCGCUUAAGCAUGCCAAACCGCCCAUCUCGCCGCUGCCGCCGCCGCUUGCGCCAGAGCCUGCCAAGUCGGCCAUCUCGCCGCCGGCGCUUACGGCAGAGCCUGCGAAGCCGGCCAUAUCACCACCGCCGCCGCCUCCACCAGAGCCACAGCCUGCCAAGCCGGCCAUCUCGCCGCUGCGGCCUCCUCUACCAGCUAAUUUGCCAUUCGCCCUCCCGCUGAAGCUGAGGAUGAAGUUUGCCCGUCCUCCAGAGUUUAAGGAGAAGGACUGGGAUUGGUGCAAUGCAGGGGAGGAGGUCAAGGAGGAAUCCAGUACCUCUGCCGCAGCGGAGGUCAAGGAGGAAGGCGCAGGCGAUGUAAAGGUGGAGGCCGCGAGCCGUGCCGCACCAGAGGUGAAGGUCGAGGCCGGCGCCUGCGAAGGCGAGGCGAAAGAGGGGGCCGACGGCACCUCUGCCAAGCCAAUUUGGGCCAUCAUCACCGGCAAGCGCAAGAAGCGGUCGGGCUGCGGCACCCGCGUCGGCGCCCUCCACGCCUCCUCCGUCUGCGUCGAGGAAGUUGGCGGGACCUGAAGGUCCCAUUAUCCGUAAUUACUACUAUCGUUAGAGCUUUCCUCUUCUCUGCCUUAGCAUCGUUAGAACUCCGUCGUACCCUGUAAUUUCUGUCGGUCCGUGUUAAAAGCUUCUUGAUGUGAAAACUUGUGACUGCUUGUCAUAUGAUUGCCCGUGAUUUAAUGUAUAUACCACCCCUGUAGUAUGAUUGAUAUAGUCAGAUGUGUAAUGAAACUGAUCUGCUACAUUCCUGAAUAAAAUUCUUUUAUCAGAUA